CCGCAGCGCUUGGCCAUGGGCCCCGCCGGCUCCUCGGCGCUGGCCCGCCUCGGCCUCCCCGCGCAGCCCCGGCCCGGGUGGCUCGGGCUCGCCGCGCUGGGACUGGCCGCCGUGGCACUGGGGGCCGUGGCCUGGCUCCGCGCGCGACCCUGGCGGCGCCGGCGGCUGCAGCAGGUGGGCACCGUGGCUCAGCUGUGGAUCUACCCGGUCAAGUCCUGCAAGGGGGUGUCGGUGAGCGCGGCCGAGUGCACGUCCAUGGGGCUGCGCAGCGGCCACCUACGGGACAGGUUUUGGCUAGUGAUUAAGGAAGAUGGACACAUGGUCACUGCCCGUCAGGAGCCUCGCCUCGUGCUGGUCUCUAUCACCUAUGAGAACAACCGUCUGAUCCUGGAGGCCCCGGGCAUGGAUCAGCUGGCUUUGCCUAGCAAGCUGCCCUCUUCAAAUGCACUCCAGGACUGCAGGGUAUUCGGGCUUGACAUUAAGGGCAGGGACUGUGGCGACGAGGCAGCUCAGUGGUUUACCAACUUCUUGAAAACAGAACCUUUCAGGCUGGUUCAGUUUGAAACAAACAUGAAGGGGAGACAAUCAGAGAAAAUCUUGUCUCCUUCUGUACAGAAUUAUGAGGUGGCCUACCCGGACUGCAGCCCAAUUUUGGUUCUCUCAGAAGCCUCCCUGGCAGAUCUGAACACCAGGCUGGAGAAGAAAGCAAAAAUGGAGCAUUUCCGGCCAAAUAUCAUAGUGACGGGCUGCGGCCCUUUUGAUGAGGAUACCUGGGAUGAACUCCUAAUUGGCAAUGUGGAACUGAAAAAGGUCAUGGCUUGCUCCAGGUGCAUUUUGACCACUGUGGACCCAGACACUGGAGUCAGAGACCGGAAGGAGCCCCUGGAAACCCUGAAGAGCUACCGCCUGUGUGAUCCCUCCGAGAGGCACAUAUACAAGUCGUCCCCACUUUUUGGGAUCUAUUAUUUGGUGGAAAAAUGUGGAAGCCUGAGAGUUGGUGACCCCGUGUAUCGGAUGGUGCAGUGACGAAUCCACUGAGGUGACAGGGCAAAAGGUUACAGCAUCCACAAGACCUGGAUCAGGAUUAUAGCCCACGGCCAUGGCAACAUCUCAGCGAAUCUCUAGGACCCAGCCCUUGACCAUCUUUAAACUGAAAAUGAUUCUCUAUUUUUAACUUUUUGGUGUUUUAUAUGCUUCAAGGUAAUGGAAGGCAAGCAUUAGAGGUGAUUUGGAAAUAUAAAGAUACACAUUUUUGAGGUAACACAGAAAAAAAGAAAAAACACAGAAGUCUUAAAUAAAUAAAAUAAUGCAUAAAAUGAUUUUGAAUGUUACUCUGGGUAUUACACUUCUCCAAUACCAGACUUUAAUAUUCUCGAGGAAAGAAAGUUAACAAAUCAGCUAAAAAACUGCAAAAUAAAAAACAAAAAAGUGUACACUUUAUUUUCGACCGUUCCAUGUUUUUUAAGAAAUGGGAAAUAACAGGUCAUCGUUUUCUAUCCUGUCUUUACAUGUCAACACACUCAUAAAUUCCCAUCAGUUGGCCUUUACAUGGCUACUGAGCCUUCCCUGGGUGGUGCAAAUAGUUUUCGCUCUACUACUAAUGGAAGGGUUGGUGGUUCAAAUCCACCCAUAGGCCCCUCAGAAGAAACACCUGUUGCUCUAGUCUGUAAAAUUACAGCCAUUGAAAACUCUGUGAGCACAGUUUUACUCUGACACACACGGGAUUGCCAUGAGUUGGAGCAGACACGAUCGCAACAGGUACACAAAGCUAUAGAGUCCUGGUGGUCUUUCAUGUGGGUUUUUUGCCUACUAUUAUGGAAUAAGGGUUCCUCUUGAUUAUACAAAUUAUUUUAUAGACUCUUUUAAUACUCAGUUUCAACUUUUCCAAGCCGUAUGAAAGUCAAUUGUGUCUAACUGCCAGACACACCACCUGGAAUUGUAAGUAGGAUAAAGAGGACAAUGGAAUUUAAAAGAGAAUGGAAUGUUGAGGGUAAGGCCUGGGAGGAAUAGAACAUGAACCUAAUUUUAUAGGUGCAAAUUUUUUUUUUUUUUUUUGGUAACAAAGAGAAACAAACUACUUCAGUAUGACCAACCAGCAAUGUUGUUGCAUGCAGCUGAGUUGAAUUCUAACCCAUAGUGACCCUAUGGGGCAGAGCAGAACUUGCCCAUAAGUGGAGUCGACUGCCACAUCUUUCUCCUGCAGAGCGGCCGGUGGGUUCAAACUCCCAGCCUUUCUGGUUAGCAGCUGAGGGCUUAACCAUUGCAUCACCAGGGCUCCCUAACCAACAAUACUCACUGAAAUAAUACACGAAUGAAUUAACCUACUUAUGAUUUUGUGGUUGCUUUAUUAUUAAUAAACGUGAAUCUCAAUUCUA